UCUAUGAAUGUUCGGUGAGCGUGAAGAGAUAAACACUGUAUAUAUAAUUGUGUCUUGUAAAGGCGCUAUGCACUGAUGAGAUGGGGCAGUACAUCUAUGUGGUGUGUGUCACUGUGUGACUAUUAAUUGGAUGUUUGUCUGGCUAAACAACCAAGACUGGCUAAUCAGUUGAUCGCGGCCAGCCAAUAAAAUACAAUUGCAAGUUUGCAGAACCACUCGGUUUAAAAUAUUAAAGCAACAAUAGUUGCUACAGUGCACAUUUCAAUGGCGUUGCAAAUAACAUUUAAAACAGACUUAAUGUGUUCAAAAUUUACAUGUUAGAAAAUUAUUUCAAUAGAUGCAUGGUAGUUUCUAUUUUUAAAAAACAAAUGUCAUGUUGGGUUUGGCAUUCUUAAGCACCUUUGCCAGUUUAGUCGCAUCUUUUACAAUGCUUUGGAAAUUUGUUUUUUUCCAGCAGGCCUUCAAAAAAAUUAUUCGGACAAUCCUAGUUCACAUUUUGCACAUGCUUAUUUUCAAUAUACACAAUCUUUGGCAAGCGUUUCAACAGUUCAAAUAGUGUCUCUAGCAAUGGGCGCAGAAUUACAGUGA